CAGUCACAGUCGUGAGUAGUAGUCACGAGUGAUAGAUCGUUGGUAGUAAGUAGUGUGGUGUAGUGCGAGGGUACCGCAGCUAAGGGGUCAGUAAGAAGCAAGGCUGCUGAGUCUCAUCUGCCACGCUCAAAGCGUCGGCGCAUAAGCCCCGCCAAUCGUGACUUUCUACAGUACCACCAACAUCUUACGGCGGAACCCAGAGCAGCCCAGCUCGUAUCAGUCUGAACCUCCUUCCCUUUGCCCGCACACCAGACCACUUACCUGCCCACCAUGUCUUCUGCUCAAGCUCUCCGUCUGCUGAGCCGCCCCGCUCUCGCCGUUAAAGCAUCGGGUGCUCGUGCAAGCGCGCGUCAAACCCCCAUCCACGCUGGACUGCGCGCAUUCUCCUCUUCCUUGCCAGCUCUCGACCCCAAGUACACCACGGCUGCAAAGGCGAGCGGCGCAGGCAGAAACGGAAAGACGGAGCUCAUAGAUGCUGGUGCUGGCAGUAUCUCGAGCGUCAAGCUGGCGAUGCCCAAGGAGCUCGGCGGGCAAGGCGAUGGCAACAACCCUGAACAGCUGUUUGCUCUUGGCUACUCGGCCUGCUUUCUCUCCGCCCUACAACUUUACGGCCGAACCAACAAGCUCAGCGUGCCGGAUGAUCUUGCCAUCACUACACAAGUGACAAUCGCAAAGGAUGAUACCAGCUUCGGGCUGGCAGUCCAGAUCAAGGCCAAGAGCGGCAAGGCGGACAAGUCGGAGCUCAAGAAGCUUCUCGAAGGCGCUCAUCAAGUCUGCCCAUACUCCAAGGCAACCCGUGGUAACAUCCCCGUCGAGCUGCACGUCGAAUGAACGGCCAUCUCGAAACGCAUCACGGUUCAGCCAGCGCUUUACAAAGAAGUGCCUAAAAUCUGUUGGCGGUCCGCGCCUCUCAUUACACAAGGAUCAAGGUGCGGCAAUGCUAUGGAUGUUCGCAUACAGACGCCUGCAAGUAUGCGAAGCGGUCUCUCUGCU